AUGGCUGACGCUGCUCCCCGCCGUGGAGGUUUCGGUGACCGUGGCCGUGGUGAUCGUGGUCGAGGCGACCGAAGAGGACGAGGCCGUGGCCGACGAGGCGGCAACAAGUCAGAGGAGAAGGAAUGGCAGCCUGUCACAAAGCUCGGUCGUCUCGUCAAGGCCGGCAAGAUCCAGUCAAUGGAGCAGAUCUACCUGCACUCUCUUCCCAUCAAGGAAUACCAGAUCGUUGAUUGGUUUCUGCCAAAGCUCAAGGACGAGGUUAUGAAGAUCAAGCCUGUCCAGAAGCAGACCCGAGCCGGUCAGCGUACCCGAUUCAAGGCCAUCGUCGUCAUCGGCGACAGCGAAGGUCACGUCGGUCUCGGCAUCAAAACUUCCAAAGAAGUCGCAACCGCCAUCCGCGCCGCGAUCAUCAUCGCCAAGCUCUCCGUCCUUCCCAUCCGACGUGGUUACUGGGGUACCAACUCGGAGUCCGGCAAGUGCGGUUCCGUCACAGUCCGUCUCAUUCCCGCCCCGCGGGGUACCGGUAUCGUCGCCUCGCCUGCCGUCAAGCGUCUCUUGCAGCUUGCUGGUGUGCAAGAUGCCUACUCAUCUUCGGCUGGCUCAACCAAGACCCUCGAGAACACCCUCAAGGCCACAUUCGUUGCCGUCGGUAACUCAUAUGGCUUCCUCACACCCAAUCUGUGGAAGGACAACAAGCUGGUCCGAAGUCCUCUUGAGGAGUAUGGAGAUGUUCUGCGGGAAGGCAAGCGUUACUAG